UAUAUUCUAUUUAGAUUGUGAACAUCAGACUGCGAGUAAUCAUGUCCGAUCUCCGAAAAGCUUUGCUCAUACUGUUGGUUGUCGUCACAUUUGAUACGGCGGAACCUAUGAAUACAUCAAUGAAAGAUGGAGAUUGCCUGCCCAACGUUCCCGUGUAUCAUUGUGUUGCUGAUCCCUGUGAAGUAACAGAAUGCCCGUUGUAUCCAAAUGCUCAGUGCGUAUCCAACUUCUGUGGUGGAUGUAAUGCUGAUUUUUUUGUCGAUGAAAAGCUAGUUGACUGUACCGAAAAACGUGGGAAGUGCCCUAACCUGAAACCACCGAGUGAUUUAUCAUUGGUACGUUGCGGUCUAUUUUGCGCCGGUGAUGUAGACUGUGAUGGUGAAUUGAAAUGUUGUUAUGAUGGCUGUUCUUCUUGGUGUCUGCAACCCAUUGGCGUGCCGCCAUAUAAAGAUUGCAAUGGCCCCGGCGGUCACCACGAGCAUGGUGAAACAUACCCAGCGGGCGAUGGGUGUAACGAGUGUACGUGUAAUAACGGAGAUGAAGCAUGCACCGAAAAAACUUGUCUUGAAAAGCUUGGUCAAUGUCCCGCGGUUGGCACAGAUGUUGGAAUAUGCGCUGAACUGUGUAGUACUGAUGCUAGCUGUGAUGGGGCCGAAAAGUGUUGCAGUAAUGGAUGUGGUCACACUUGUCAGGAACCAAUUCCGGGAGCUGAUUGCAAUGGCCAUCCAGAUGGUUCAACUUACCCCUCAGACGAUGGUUGCAACACUUGCUCUUGCAGUGAUGGACGGGAGAUGUGUACACUCAUAGCAUGUGCGCCAUUGGAAUGAUAUCGCCAUUGACACGAUCUCGUCGCUGGUGGCGGACUGUAUCAUACACAGUUGUGAGACCAAGUAGUCUAUAGAGAAAUAGGUCAAACAAUGUGGUAAAGUGUAAUGUAGUCAUUUAUAGUACGUAAUUGGAACGCUAAGUUCAUUAACUUUGCAUUUCAUUGCGAUAAUAAUAAUUUGUAGUUAUACAUUGCUCAUUAAAUAUUGUGAAUGUACAAAAUUCAAAUA